AGGGAGAGAGUCGAGACAGAGAGAAACAGAGACACACGGGAUUUUUGAAAUAAGAAAGAGAUCAGUUACAUACACACAGAGAAAGGUGGUGAUAAAGAGAAAGAGAAGGAAAAAUGGGAGAAGUUGUAUUGUUUGUGGAUGAUUUGAAAUCGAGUAUUGCAAUCUAUUCGGACUGUAGAAUUUGCCAUGAAGAAGAAUCAGAGAGCUGUAAGAGCUUGGAAGCUCCUUGUGCUUGUUCAGGAACCGUUAAGUUUGCACACAGAGAUUGCAUACAGAGGUGGUGUAACGAGAAGGGGAACACCACCUGCGAAAUAUGUCUCCAGCAAUAUGAACCAGGAUACACUGCAACUUCGAAGAAGUCUCAGUUGAUUGAUGCAGCAGUGACCAUUAGAAACAUUGUUAACAGAGAUAGCCUGCAAAUUCCAAGAGAGCAAGAGGCGAUGGAUCCAGGAUUAGGGACAAUGGGCGAGUACUCGCAGUGCACGUCUGCUGCAGAUAGAGGUGCUUCUUGCUGCCGAUCCUUGGCCCUAACAUUUACGGUCAUCUUGCUUGUUAGACAUUUCUUUGAUUUGCUUAAUGGUGGAACAGAAGAUUACCCCUUCACACUUCUUACAGUACUUAUUCUAAAGGUCAGUGGAAUUAUCCUGCCAAUGUUGAUAUUGAUGCGCACAGUCACAGCAAUUCAAAAUAGCAUCAGAAGGCAGUAUGAGGAUUCUGAUUAUGACACCUCGAACCUGGGCGGAGACAAUGAAGAAUACGAACGGCAGCACCGUGCAGUCUAAAGCUACUCCUAAUGUGUUUUGAAAUUUGAAAACCUUGGUCCAACGAAAUUGGCAACGACUUGCAUGACGAAAAUCAUCACUGCCCGAGAUAAAGAUUUUGAUUUCACAUCAUUAUCAGCUGAACGCCACAAGUCUCGCAAAACCAUAUAUUUCGAGCGGUUCAACUUUUCUGCAUUAGUAUCUGAACCCUUUGUCGAAGUUCGGUCAGGCUGCUAAGACCAACGUUCUCAGGAGACUCGUGGCACCCCAAAGUUUCUGCAACGUCUACAAACUUCUGGACAAGUUCUACCAUUUCAUCAACCCAACUUCGAUUGGAUAAGUUAUUUUCAAAUUUCUUCUUGUCUUUACCAUAUGUAUCCUCGAAUUCUCUAGACUUUGCAGCAGCCUUUUGAAGUACGGAAUCGGGAAGUCCUGAAAUAAAUAAUGGUAAUUGAAUUUUAGCUAAA